GAAAGUCGCAAGUCUGCUGUAAUUUCCGUUUCUGAAUCUCAGUAUAAAAUAUUUAAAGAACUGCAUACGACCUUUCAAAUUCCUUAUAGUGCACCUGCAUUUCUUACCGCACGAUAAAAAGACGUUCCCUAACCUUUGCAAUGGAAAAGUAUCCUCAUGUUCACCAUAAACAUCUAGGAAAUCUGGACGUUCCUCACGUGAAGGACACGAAGUAUAUGAAAAACAAACGAUCCCAUUCCAUGCAGAAUUCCUGUCGCUUUAUCAACAGGAAUUUAACAGAUACGUUACUGUUCCGGGCGAGAUUAGCAAGUUACCCAUCAGAUGUGAGUAAGCUGCAGGAUCCCAGGUUCUCUAGUCUUGUUGGAGAUGAUGGUUGCUACCAAAGGCUACGUAACUUUUCCAUAACAUCCAAAGGUGUGGUCAAUCGAGGCGAUUCUUUUCGCUCAUCUUUGUACAAUUUAUCGCCACAUAGAUCUCAAUCUCAUUUGAGUUUUGACGGCAAAGAUAACUUCUGCAGUGUCUCCACACCUGCUCAUUCUUCCUCCGACGGAAUGAGUGAACUUUUCGGGGCUACUUGUAAAGUGCUGGUAAUUGGAAGCUCUGAGGUUGGCAAAUCACUUCUGGCUCAACAGUUUACAACUUCAGAGUACAUAUGUACCUACGACAGUUUGAUGGAUGAUGGAGAUGACAAGUCAGUGACAGUUGUAUUAAACGACGAUGAAUCUAACUUAAUUUUCACCGAACAUACCCUGGUGGAAGAUCAGUUACCCAGUAGUAUUCAUUUUGUGGACUGUUACGUCGUCGUCUAUUCCGUAGCAGAUCGUUCCAGUUUUCGUUAUGCAAAAUGUUUUCUAAGCAAGCUAUUAGAGAGCGUGAGCAAGCCUAUCAUUCUAGUGGGAAACAAAACGGACCUGGUUCGAUUACGUUCAGUCACCACAAAUGAGGGCCGAAAGCUAGCACAACACUAUGGCUGCAAAUUUAUCGAAACGUCAGCGUGUAUCAACUACCAUGUGGAUGAACUUCUUGUUGGGGUUUUGUCUCAGAUUCGAUUAACACAUCAACGUAAACACCAAAAUCAGAAGAAAAGAAAUUCCAUUUGUCCCGAAAAGUCGGAAUCAAAUGCAGAUGCUUCUUUAAAGCAGAAGAACAAAAGUUUUUUUCUCGGACGACUUUUAUGGAAGCUGUUUCGGAAGUCACGACCAUGUGACAAUUUGCACGUGCUCUAAUGGAAACAUCGAUAAAACUGAAACUAUACAUGAAUGGAAUAUUCUUCUCAAACAAAAAAAGUAAACCUUAUUGAUGAUUUAUUUCAUCAAUGAAAUCGGUGAUUUUGGCGAAAAACAGGAACAUGAAAUAGAUCCAAAAUUAACUUUGUUCCCGAAAUUUUGUUCUUUAUACGAAUAUUAUUACGUGAAAAUCUGUUUCGAUUGACAACUAUGAAAACGUGUAAGUCUCACCAGAAAAUAACGCGAUACGUAAAUGUUGCUUCACACAAACCAGUAACUAGAUGUCCCCCGAUGGGACGGCGGUAAGUCUUCGGAGUUACAGCGCUAAAAUCAGGGGUUCGAUCUCCAUUGGUGGACACAGCAAAUAGCCCAAAGUGGCUUUGCAAUAACAACACACACACACACACACAGUAACUAGGUAAAACAUUCAUUCUGAUGACAUAAAUAACGGAAAAAAGUUCUCAGUGAUGAAAACGUGGCUCAUAUAGUUUGUUCGAAUUGCAUCUAUUUUCCGUUAUUAUUAUUCCGUCAUUGGAGUUUCUGGUGCUUAUUUGAAAUGGAAUGAAAAUUCUGGAAUGACUAGAACAACAACUUAGUACAAACACACACAAAUAGUGACAAAAAUACACAAUUUAAACAGAGGACAUACUGUCUGAUGAAUUAGGAGUUUACAUACAUAUAUAUAUAUGCUAAUCAAUCAUGGUUAAAUGAAAAUCUUACCAUGUAUUCUAAAACAAUAAAAACAGUCGUAGUAUAAUCGUAGUACGAGACUGCUAAUACUACGUUAGGCUCUCAAUUAAAUUUAACUCAAAAGAUGUAAAGUAGGCUACGAUUUUCUUAAGCCUUUUAGUAACAUACAUAUCUUAGUUGCUGCAUCGUAUUAUAGAAAAUUAUCACGUUGUUUGUUCUUGAAAAUAUUAUAAAAUGAAAAUUAAAAAAAUGUUCUUAAAAGGCAUAAGAACUAGAAGUAGGGAGAGAGAAAAAGGGAAUAUUUUAAGCCAUUAGAAGGGACCAACUGUACAUUUUACUCAUUAAUUUAUACAUAUCUAUAUUUAUAUACACGUAAAGAGAAAACUUUCCAAGAAAGGAAGUAAACAUAUGGAUGCUAAUAUCAAUCCUUCAAAAACAAAGCA